UGCAUCCUGGAGGCCAACACACCUCCUCCUCUUCCUCCUCCUCUCCCUCCUCUUCCUCUCUUCCUCCUGACAGCAGGAAUGCGAGCUGCAGGCCGACACAUGUCUUCAGAGAGCAGAGAUAAGAGAGCUCUGACAGUCUGACAGAGAGAGGACCAGGUCUGCUGGGAGGACAUGAGAGGUUACCGAGGCAUUAAGUACACGCUGUUCGUCUGCUGCUACGUCUUCUGGGUUGUGAGCGCCGUCCUCACAGCGGUCGGGAUCUACGCCAAGAUCGCCAAGGAGAACGAUGUGGUUGAUACCCUGACAUUAGAUCCAGCUCUGCUGCUGAUCGUCGUUGGCUCGAUGAUGUUCCUCAUCACGAUCCUCGGCUGUUUCGGGGCGCUGCGUAACGCCCCCUGCCUGCUGAAGACGUUUUUGGGGAUCCUGGUAACCGUCCUGGUCCUGCAGAUCGCCGCUGGAGUCGUGGGGUACCUCUUCACCGACACGGUGAUGGAGAGGACGGAGAAGCUGAUGAUGAAGGCCAUAGUCCGCUAUAGGGAGGACCGGGACCUGGAGAACGCCAUCGACUUCAUCCAGAAGAAGUUUCAGUGCUGUGGAGUCGAGAGCUUUAAGGACUGGUCCAAUAAUGUCUACUUUGAAUGUUCAGACACAAACCCAAGUCUGGAGGCCUGUGGAGUUCCCUUCUCCUGCUGCGUUCGCCAACAGAACCAGACGGUGCUGAACACCAUGUGUGGUUAUGGGAAGCAGAAGCUGGAGGCGCGUUAUGGAGUUCAGGGCAUCUUCUCUUCGGGCUGCCUGGAAGAGAUCGUCUGGUGGGCCAAAAACAACCUGCUGCUGGUGGCCGGGCUGACUGGAGGGCUACUACUACUAGAGGUCCUGAUGAUCGGCCUGGCCGCCGCUCAGACCUCCUGGAUCGAGAAAGUCCAGCGACUGAAGAACCACAACGCUCCCAGGGGCCGAAAAGCAGAGAGGAAGGACAGCUACUGGUACCCUGCUUUCAAAGACUUCAACGAAGACGAAAACUACUUGUGAAGGGGGGUCCCUGUCCCCCUAGGGGUACUCUGGAGGACUCCAGGGGGUACGUGUCCCCCUAGUGGUAAUCUGGAGGACU